AUGUCUGGUCCUAGUGUCAGUCCUUCGGUACCUCCGCAGUGGGUCAGGACCUACACGGUAUUGGAUAACCGAAGUCGCUAUCAGUUACCACAGUCCGGGGAGAUUCGCGUUUGUGGGGGUUCCGGUAGCCGGCUACUCGCCUUGAUCCGCCUUGUCGCGCUGUUCCGCUUGCUAUCGAACGAACAUGCCGCAACAUCAUAA